CUUUCCUCCAGUCACUUGCGAUCACGUUCUGAUGAAAGGAAAUGAUUGGAUGCUACCAAUUUGACAUAAAGUUGAAUUACAUAUUGCCCUCAUUGUAAUCCAUCAAAAUGACUCUCGCCCAUUCGCCCACCACCGUCUAAUCUGUUUCGCCAUAGUUUCAAAACGAACUGAAAAUAUGUUUACACUUUUUAUAAUAACACAACGAUAACGUUGUUCAAAAUGACGGACAAUGAAAAAGUCUAGUCAAUGCCGUCAAUGAGUCAAUGCCGUUUUUUGCAUUGACUUUUUGAUCAAAAAGUCAAUGCCGCAAACCUCUGCAUCUCUCCGUCAGACUGCCAUCUAGUGGUAGGCCGUAGUUUAUGCAUGGUUGUACGUGGAUCUGAAGUUGUUUGUGUGUGGAUUGUCCAAUGCAAAACCGCGUAAAAGAACGUCUCAAAAUCCGAAUGCACAGAACAGGAUGAAUGGACGCGCGCUGCAGGAUACACAAAUGCACAACUUCUCAUUGAGUAACAAGCGGUGUGCUGUCAUCGGGGGAUCAGGGUUUCUCGGCCGGCACCUUGUGGAGCGCUUGGUGGACAGAGGAUAUGCAGUAGCUGUGUUUGAUAUCAGGCAGACUUAUGAACUUCCAGGAGUGAACUUUUACCAGGGAGACCUGUGCGACAAACACGCUUUGCUGACGGCUUUGAAAGAUGUGUCUAUAGUAUUUCAUUGUGCUUCACCUGCACCAGCCAGUGAUGACCGCGCUCUGUUUCAGCGGGUCAAUAUUGAUGGCACACGUACUGUUAUACAGGCCUGUCAUGAGGCAGGUGUACAGAAAUUGGUCCUGACCAGCAGUGCUAGCGUGGUGUUUGAAGGAUCUGACAUCAAGAAUGCAAAAGAGGAUUUGCCUUAUGCGAAAAGGCCAAUUGAUUAUUACACAGAGACCAAAAUCCAACAGGAGAAGCUGGUGUUGGAGGCCUGCAGUAAGGAGAUGGAUUUCUUCACUAUUGCUAUUCGACCUCAUGGCAUCUUUGGCCCCCGCGACCCACAGUUAGUGCCCAUUCUGGUAGAUGCUGCCCGCAGGGGAAAGAUGAAGUUCAUCAUCGGGUGAGCAAUAGUAACUUUUUACCUGGUGCACAUUUAAAUGGUCUGCUAUGUACCAUCCUACUGGUACUCUUCAAUCCACUAGGUGGAAGUAUGUACCCAAAAAUUUUUUGACUGCGGUUUGCAACCUUGUUUUACCAAAGCCACUAGAUGGAAACCCUGCAACCUUUAGCAUAAAAAGCAUAAUGGCUAAUGCUAACGCUUUGGCUUUAGUGGAAUGCAGGAAAGGACAACAGACUAGUCGUUUUAAUAGAUGUGAGUGGAUGUUGUUAGUCGUUACGCUUUCUCCAGUUGGAAGUGUUCCAGACCCUUCUAUCUCCUUAUAAUAAGAGUAUCUCUGGUCUUACUUUUUACCCUGCGUUUCAUUCAGAAGUGAUCGUGAUCCCUAUGCCCUGUUCCCUUCGAAGAGCACAGGGAAAAACAUAAUUGCAUCUCUUAAUGUGUCCAUUUAAAAUUCACUUGGCAAAGGAGCAAUAAAAACAUGAUCAUCUGCUGGUUGUCCUAACCAUUAAAAGUAUUUGGAUUUUGUUAACUGCACAAUAACAUUAGAAAUAAUUCAUAUCGGUAGCAGAGUUGUAUUCAGCGUGUCUGAGCUGUCUGUUUUAACACAACAUCGACUCUUCUGGGAAGGCUUUACUAUAAUAUGGUUGCAGAUUUUGCGCCUAUAAUUUCAGACACAACAAGAUCAGGCACAGAUGUUGAGUGAUGGGACCUGUGUGAUAGCUGGCACUUCAGGUAAUCUCAAUUCAGUUAUUAAAGGCCAGUCAGUGAAAUCUAGCGGCAAGGUUGCAAAUUGCAACCAACCGCUCACUCCACCCCUCCCUUUCGAAACACUACUACGGCUGACAGAACAUGGCGAAUUACAUGCAAGGGGACCCGCGGUGCAUGUAGAUAGAAAUAGCUCAUUCUAAGGUAAUAAAAACAUAAUGCUUCAUUCUGUAAUCUCUUUAUACACCUCUGAAGGAAUAGCUAUGUAUAUUAUAUACACACAGGACCUAUAAAUGAGUUUAAGGUCUAUGCUUUAUAAAAACAACCCCCAUAUUCUGCUUUACAAGUUUGACCAUUUUUGUGCACCUAUUAAAAACUAUGUAAUGUAAUAAUGUAAUUACGGUACAUAAUUGACAGAUGUCCCAGUGUUCUGGGGUUUUUCAUUUUGUGUUGUGCUGGUUAAAAGUGUUUAACAGAUUACAGUUAACAGAUUAUUAAAUAUGAUCUUCAAGUGUAUCAAUAAUUCUGUAUAAAUUAUUAUAUUUAUUACAUCAUAAUUCAUUAUUAUGCCAUAAUUCUCAGGGCCUAAAUCAAAGAAAAUAUGUUUGUACAUAAACAAAUGUUUUCACAGACUGAUUUAUGUUUUUUAU